AAAAAAUACAAAUUUGGCAUACUAACUGACUUAUAUUAAUCUUAAAUACAUGUUUUGCUGUAAAUUUCCAGAGGAAAACAUGUGAAAAAUUGUUGAGUUUGUAUUAUUGAAAAGACAUGAAAGUCCGUGUGUGUCCUUUUGUAAGUAUGCAUUGUUUAUCAAUAUCUCAGUACGAGUCGUUCAAAUUAUUAAUUGUAUAUCUGCAGCAUCGCCGCAGCACAUGACAGUGAUUAUCCAUUGGUCAAGCAGGAGAACAGCAAGGAAAAUUUGAUCUUUGUUCUUAUUUUAAAGUAAGUUGUAUAUAUAUAUAUAUUCUUAUGCUUUCUUAACAUAAAACCAGUUUAUUUUAAGAUUGAGAUUUGUCAUUAAUCAAAUUAUCUUUUUUGGCAUCUUCUUGCCUUUUUUCUUAUAUCCUCUCGAGUCUCGGUACAAAUUCUUAUCAUAGUACAAAAAGCACAUGGAAAGUGUGCGUACACCCUGUAUGACUGUGCAAAAUUCAGUUAUCUUGUAGAGUGCUUACAGGAGUAGCCUGGCUCUGAGUAUAUAGUUUAUGACUAAUGUUCUAGAAAUGCAGUAUGCUCACGCAGAAGUACAAUUACACAAGAGAAAGCAACACGCAGACUAAAUUAACAUGUAUUAAAAUUAGCUUGGUUGCAAGUUGCAGCAAUUUUGUUGCUUGUGUUACCCACCUCUAAGACUAAACUUUAAAUAUAUUAUAUGCAGACAGCAUAGAUUCGACUACUAUAGUACUAGAUUGAAAUUGAUACUGGCAAAUUUUUAAUACCUGUCCUGAGAAUAACACUCAUGCCAUUCAAGGAAGCACUCUUAAUACCAAUCGAAAAUAUAAAAAUAAAUUGAUUUUUUAUAUAUACCAGAAUAUUAAUACCAAUACAAUCUUAAAAUAUUUGAUAUUGAGUGCAUAUUCUUAUAACCUUUCUAUACAAACUGCGUCAUAAUUACGCAAUUUUCCGUAAUAUAUCGUAAUAUCGGUUGAAAUCAGCCUCUGUUCUAAGACUAAGUUGCAGCAAUUUUAUCACUCGUAUUAUUUACCUUUUAUAGUCACUUAAUAGCUAUUUUACACAACGCCAUAUAUCGUUACUGAAUGGCACAACGCUAGGUAGGAUGGACACGCGAAUACGGAACAUGAAUAAUUUUUGGAAUUUAAUAACAAUUACUAGAUUGUUACGAAUAUUGGUUUAAAAAUAAUUUGCUACAGUAAAUAACCUUUCUUUAGAAAUACUGAAUGACAAACAUUUUGGAACAACUAUAGAAUAUUUAUUUUAGGAGGAGAAGGGAGGAACAGACCACUUUUUUAUGUCACUGAGAUAUUUAAUUUACCAGAGCUGCCAUAAACAAAGGUGAAAUAAACUGUCACUGCAUGCAAGUGCAUUAUACCAUUAUUUCAACCAAAAUAGAUCGGUGCGUUUCCGCAAUUUAGUCUUUAGAUUCACGUGAUUGGAUAAUAUAAACACGCAUGCAUGUUUUGUGGUAGUCGUAAUUAGAAAUUUUCUGGCCAUUGUACUGGCUGCAUGUAACCAAAACAAUUCCCGUGUUUGAUUUUCUCCAACGUAACUACUAACUAACAGCCGUUUAAUGCCAUAUAUAUCUAUAUACUUGCUUUUUAUCCUUUUUUAAUUUUAGAAAAGAUGACAACUGUCAAUGGCGUAGUAAAUGGUGUCGGUAGGUUUUUCCCACAUGCAAUUAUUAAUGAUAAAUAUAAUAUAGGGGCUUUCAUGCAUCCAGAAGGAGAUCCUUAUGCAGUAACCUAGCUGAGUUGUAUAUGAUUAAAUUGGCCGUGGUUGGAACGGACAGAAGAUUUAGGGCCUUGAUUUUAUCAUGAAUUAUAAAAACGCCUGAUUUUACCGAAAUAAUAAUACCCGAUUGACAGCGAAGAAACUAGCCCUAGGAGCUAUAUUCGUCUUUAUUUAUCCGUUAUGUGUAACUCGAUCCGGUAUAGACUUGCUCCAAGUUUGCCUCUCAAAGAGGUUUUAUCCAAAUAAGGCAAAAUUAAAACCGUUUGAGGCAGACUUGGUCUUGGAGCAAGUCUACGUGAUCUGUUGUUAAAACUGACCUGUAUUACAAUACUUCUAGAUUUUGGGGAUGAUCUCGAAAUUCCAAAACGAAACGAUGUUUAUUUGAAGAACGAUCAAAAGCUGGAGAAUUUUUAUGAAAUUCAAGAAAAGUUGGGAGAGUAGGUUAAAGUUUCGUGGACAGAAGCAGUGCUGAUAAAUGCUUGAUGCAUGAAAAUAUUGACAAUAUAUACAGACGUUUCCUGAUUUGUCUGUAUCACUCGACCAUAUAAUACACGAGCUAGCCAAUUUUACCUCCUCUUUGAGAUUUCACUAUAUAAACAAACGAAUAUAAAUAAAUGAGUAAUAGAAAUAAACGAAUUCGAAUUCAUGAUAUAUGGGAACUUGAUUCAUGAACUGCCUGGGAACGAGGUUGCCAGUAUGUAAAGAGAAAUUUUACCAAGGAAUUUGACUUUUACCGCAACCUCUCGCAGGCUUAAAUUAAUUUGGAUUUGAUUGAGUCAAAAUCUGAACCUCUCUAUUAUUGCAGAGUAUACGGACCGUUUUACGAUGCUGAUUUCCUUUGUGUUUUACUUGUCAACCAGUGACUAUGAGGAAAAUCAUCAUUUAAAUCUAAAUGAGAUGUUUUGUUUCCACUAAAUCCAGCUCAAAGAGAAAGGAAUACCUUUGUCGGUGUACUAAAUCAGUUCAACUCCUUGAACACGGCACCAAUAUACGACCUAAAUCUCUUGCAGGGGUAAAUUUGGCACAGUUUGUAAAGCAAAAGAAAAGAGUACAGGAAGUAUAUUUGCAGCCAAAUAUAUCAAGAUUACUCCAGCGUCAAGAAAAGAGGUCACAGAAGAAAUAAAUAUGAUGAAUAAAAUACAUCAUAAAAGAUUAGUUUAUCUUUACGAUGCUUAUGAAACACCCAAGGAUCUUAUUAUGGUUAUGGAGCUGUAAGUAGUUAUUUUCAACCGUUUUUCCUAGCCUCCUCCGCAGGCCUCUCUAUGGGUUUUAGCCUGCGAAUGGGUUUUUCCCACCACCCGAUUCCUCGAGUGAGAUGCCUGCGGAGGAGGCUAGGUUUUUCCAUACUGAACCACGGUCAUCAUAGAUAACCUGCCUACAUUUUGCCACUUCUACAUUUUCCCAAUCCAAUAUAAAGGCAAUAUUGAAGUAGGAAAACGGCAACGUGUCUAACACUUUCAGGAUUAAAUUUUGUCGACAGUUAAUAACGAGAAAACUUGUCAGAAGUGUCUUAUAUGUGCUUUUAGUUCGUGGGUUCGUAGCAUGAUCGUGCGGUGUGCAAUAACUAUAUUUCCAUCAAUUCAAUAAUUUUACUGACAAGGUGCGAGUCAAAAUUUGUAUAGCAACUUGACAAAAUAAGAACAUUGUUACAAUUCGUGGUCAAGAAUGUUACAAGAAUGUUUGGAACACAUCAGUAUCUUCACGUCUUUCUGAGAAUUGAUCUGCUUAAUUAAAUUAAUAAAGUGCUUAUGAAACGAAAUUUUUGCCUCAUUUUUUAUUGUUUUAUUAAAAGGUACUGCUGGAAUGAUGAAGAAUGACGUUUACAGUUUAUUCGUAUCUCAUCUAAUUCCCAAGUUAUCGCACUUUCUACAUUUUGAGUUGUGACGUCACAAGUAUGACUUGAGAUAAUGGCAAUAACAAGAAAGUCUGAUAUCGUGGUGACCGUUUAAUAAAAUUCAAUGAAACUUGGCACAGUUAGUGUGUGCAACGAAGUCAAUAAUUUGGCUUGUUUAUAUGGUUGUUAUGCAACACACUCGUCCCCAGUCCCUUCUCUUCCAAUUUGUAUAUGAUCCAUUUCCAAGGAAAUAAAUAGCAAUUUCUGCAAUUUUCGCUUGUUACUAUAAUACGUGUAGGUAUUAUGAUCAGUUUAAACCGUUAUAACAUGCAAACAUCCUCUGCAAGAGGUCAACAGGAGAAAAUUUGUGAAAAGGAAGAGAAGAGACUGGGGACUAGUGUGUUGCCAUGACAAUCACAUGACCUGCCGAAAAUAUUCAUAUGGGUGACCCACUAAGUGUACCAAGUUGCAUUGAAUUUUAUUAAAUAGUCACCAAGAUAUCAGACUUUCUUGUUAUUGCCUUACUGCAACAAUGAAAUGUUGUUCUUAAUUGAACUAGUUAUUUUGGCAAUUAUUCAAUGUAGUAUACUUCAUUUUAUCCGAUGUAGAGUUGGGUUUUUCGCCAUUUUCGUUUUAUUUUAUCGACGGAUACAGAACCUAUAUAUAUUCUCGCAUUUAUUCUGUUUGACAAUUUUGUCAUUUUGUUUUACCAAAUUUCGAAAUUUUUCUCUCCACUUCGGAUAAAAAGGAUUAUACUAUAUUCUUGUUUGAUAUCUAAAUUAUAAGUUGUGAAGUUUUGUAUAAUGAUGUUUUGUAACAGGUCACUAACGUAAUUGGCUCACGCUGUGUUAGUGUUCCUGAACCGUCUUCCUGUUUGCAUAUGUAUAUUUCUGUUGACGGCUGAAGUUAAUAAAUCUAAAUCUAAAUAAAUCUAAAUCUAAAUAAAUCUAAAUCUAAAUAAAUCUAAAUCUAAAUAAAUCUAAAUCAUUGCCAUUAUCUCCAGUCAUACUUGUGACGUCACAACUCAAAAUAUAGAAAGUGCAAUAACUUGAGAAUGAGAUGAGAUAUGAAGAAACUGUAAACGUCAUUCUUCAUCAUUCCAGCAGUAUUUUUUAGAAUAACAAUAAAAAAUAAGUUAAAAAUUUCGUUUCAUAAACAGUUUUAACAACUCUGCAUAAAUUCACAGAAUGAUUAACACUUUACAGGAUUAUUGAAUAUUUAAUCGAUCAGUCCGCAUCGAUAAAUGAAUAAUUCAACCAACUAAUCCAAUAAUCAGCCCAUUAAAUGAAAUGGACUAACAAUGUUUUAACAAUCAUGAGACUAAUACGAACAAACCAGUUAACAUUUAAUUGCUGAUCUCGUUGAUUCGUUUCCUAGAGUGUCUGGUGGUGAAUUAUUUCAGAAGAUUGUUGAUGAAGAUAAUUUAAAUGAAGCCGAUGCUGCUAGAUAUAUCAUUCAAGUUUUACAGGGAGUCCGUCACAUGCAUCGUAAAAAUAUUGUUCAUUUAGAUUUGAAGGUAUGUGAACGUGAAAAUCUCAUGCUCAAUUUUAGUAUUGUUAAUCCAGUGUAGACAAAUGGGGAAAAUGUUUAAUCUGAAUUAGGAAAUUUAUAAAAUGUUUUAAUGGACACUAAUGGGCAUUGAAAUUUUGAGAUGAUACAAAAUCCUGGCAGUAUUGAAUUUAUAAUCAUUCAAACAAAUAAAAACUUCUAAAGAGUAAGUAUUUCAAAGCGAGCCUCAUUCUCAUGAUUUGUGAGCCAGACUUUCGAUAAUUACGUGGCGGUUCAGUUCGGGUGUAUUGACAUUGUACUUCAGUUCGGGUGUAUUGACAAUUACCUUGUCAAUGACGUCAUCGUUUAUACAUUCAUACAAACAUUACUACCUCGAAAGCGGAAAAAACAUUGUAAACGUGUACAAUAGCUUACAAAUCAUUAAUGUUUCUUUUCAAAGUCCUUUCAAUGGAUUCACAUGCAUGUAUGUUUUUAAAAACUACACGACAAUUAGUAUCACUGGUUAUAUUUAAAAAAACAAUCUAUAAAGAAAUGCUCACCCCUGCACUCCGUAUCAUAAAUUACACCAGAACUUCUUGAUUUCGAAAAGGUUUCCGGUUUGCGGUGCCCAAACGAAGUUUGGUAUCGCUUUAUAUUUGAUGCCUAAGUUUCUUAGUCUGUUAGUUUGUUAGUCUGUUGAAUAGUAUGUCUUCGCACUUGAGGUGCACUUGCAAAUUCAACUGUCCAUCAGUUGUGGCGAGACAGCGGAGAUAUUACAUGUAUCAUACCUGUGGUAAUAUAAUGUAGAUUGUUAUAUGAUUGUGAUCUAAUAACUGCAGUUUUCACUUCCAGCCGGAAAAUGUCAUGUGUGUACCAUGUCCAGGAAAAAUGGAUGAUAUCAAAUUAAUUGACUUUGGAAUGUCAAGAGUUCUUGACCCUGAUAAAGAAUUGAAGGUCGCUUGUGGAACACCGGAAUUUGUUGGUUCGUAAGUUAGUAAAAAUAUUCAUAAAUGAUAGGAAAUUGGCCAACUAUGUGCUCUUGC